GCUCGCCUAUAAGGUCGAGCUCAGCGCGCUACAGACACGCAGAAUCAGAGAAGCAGCUGAGAAGAGGAAAAGAUCUCUCCGGCCAGCGCAGCGAUAUCGGAGGAGAGAGAGAUCAGCUUACAGCUAGUGCAACCAACGCAAAAUUCAUCUCCAAGCAGCAUGUCGUUCUUCCUUGGCCGCACGGCGGUGCUAGUGAAGCGCGUGUGGCUCGACCUGGAGGCGCGCCUCGGCCGCAGGCGCAGCGGUCUGGGUGAGCUGACGAAGGAGGUCCGGACGUGCGAGUACGACGACGUUCACGUCAUGUGGGAGCUGCUCAGUGGCAUGGACGGCAGCGCGCCGCGGCAGUACGUGCACGUGCCGGCCUCCGGCGCCAUGAUCGCCGCCGCAGCCGGGAAGAAGCGGCGGCGGAGGAGGAGGAUGGCCGACGCCGAAUCGGCCGCGUGGAGCCGCCUCUUCUCCUCCUGCUGCGCCUUCUGAUCAGAAUCCGUGCUGCUGCCUCCCCAGGUGGCCGGGUUUUGGAAAGGCUACGGACGAACUAUUCUAAGAUGGAGUAAUCCUCUCUAGCUCUUCGUUCCCGAUCGGUCGCAGCGAUGAAGCAGCAAUCGUGGAGAGACACACAUAGUGAGAGCGAUGAGCCAGCUGCAGAGAUAUUUUCGUGUACGUAUCUUGUAUUGAGAGUUGUAAAUACAGGCUGCUCUGAUUUCAUCUUUCUUUUUUGAAUCGAGGCAAUAAAUUUGACUCUUUCCAUUAA